AUGUUUGGAGGAAUGCAAGACUUCAAUUACAUUCAUAGCAACUGUUUUGAGAUAACUCUUGAGCUCUCGUGUUGUAAAUAUCCAAAAGAAACGGAACUCCAGAAGGAAUGGCUUAAUAAUAAAGAAUCUCUUUUAUCAUACAUUGAAAUGGUCCAAAUGGGAGUGAAAGGUCUCGUCAAGGACUCAGUGACCGGCAAAGCCAUCGAAGGCGCCACAUUUAAGAUCGAUAGCAUCGAUCAUAACGUAGUGACCACUAAUAGAGGGGAAUACUGGCGGUUAGCGUUGCCCGGCGUAUACCAGAUGACGGCCUCAGCCGUAGGCUACGAAUCUCUAACAAAAAAGGAUGUUGUGAUCAAAAACACGACCGCCGGUACGCCUCUAGUACUCGACUUUCAGCUCAAUCCUAUCGGCGGCCAACGCUAUCCCAGUGUCAACAGCCCGGACGCGGUGCCAGUGGUUGUCGACAAUCAUAAAAGCAGCCAAUCGUCGUCGUCUACACCCACCGCAAGUUUGACAGCUUCUACGGUCGGUGUGGCCACAGAGGGGCAACACUGGGCCGAACGCUGGAACCAAUCCGUCCAUAACAUGACUUCCAAAUACGACUUCCGCACGAAGACUGAGUACAAGCAUCACAACUACACUGACCUCAAAGACUAUAUGCAACGGUUGAACGCAAAGUAUCCGCAUUUGACGCGACUUUACUCUAUCGGCCAAUCGGUGGAGAGCCGGGACUUAAUGGUGCUCGAGAUCGGCAUCACUCCAGGCGUGCACCGGCCGGGCGUACCCGAGUUCAAGUACGUGGCCAAUAUGCACGGCAACGAAGUGAUCGGACGGGAACUGUUGCUACUCUUCUCCAAGUAUCUGUUGGAGAACUACGGCAUUGAGCCGCGCAUCACACGUCUGGUCAACUCGACGCGAAUCCAUUUGAUGCCAACUUACUUAGGGCUGCCAAUGCUCUUCAGUGACGAGCCGCUGACAUUGAGUCUCAUGCCGGCGCCUUUGCGAGUGUUUCACCUAGAGUUGGCGUUAAAAGGGCUAAAUCACGCGACUAUGCAUUUGGGAAAGUCAUGUCCGGCGGACUGCGGUAUAAUGAACGAGAACUUCGCUUAUGGUAUAACGAAUGGCGCCAAUUGGUACGCCCUAUACGGAGGAAUGCAGGACUGGAACUAUUUGCACACCAAUUGUUUUGAACUCACACUAGAGCUCGGGUGCCGUAAGUAUCCCUACGAGACCGACAUCGAGAUGUUUUGGAACCAAAACAAACGCUCGUUGAUUACGUUCGCCGAAGAGGUGCACAAAGGCGUGAAGGGCUUUGUGGUGGACACGGAGGGACACCCAGUGGCCAACGCCACCAUUCGGGUGGAGGGUAUCGGACACGACGUGCGUUCGGCCGCCGACGGCGACUAUUGGCGUCUAUUGAUUCCCGGCGUCUAUCGGAUCACUGUAUUUAAGAAGGGCUUUGGCUCUCAGACGCAGUCCGUUAUCGUGACCGACGGUUUGGCCGCGCAGUUAAACUACACGUUAGAGUCCGGGUUUGACCGCUGGUCAGAGAAGUACGACUUUGGGAUCGGAGACAAUUUGGUGGCCGACACAUACAUGGAUAACAAGCGCUUACACGAAACGCUCGAACAGUUGGCCACAAAUAACUCGAAUAUCGUUAAAAUCUUUUCGAAUAGAGCGCCCAAUCGGGACACUCAAGAGGUAAAGAACUUCCAUAGGCUGAAACUCCGGUGCCGACCGCCGCUAGCUGGGUUGCAACACGAGUAG